AACGUCACUUCACAACCAGUUUCAACAAAACAAAGCUCUUGUCAGAGCUCAAAGAAAUUGGAUCAUGUAUGGAACACGAUCGGGAGAUUUGUUCUCUCACCUUUGAGCAAGCUUGCACAGAUUUCUUCACGCUCAAGAACGAUUUUACAUGUAAUCUUUUAAGGGGGUGCGACUUUUAUUAAUUUCUUCCCCAUGUGUUGCCGUAGUACUGUUAUCCCAUUGGUCUUUGUCGAUCAGUCUUCUGAGUUGAUUUGAAGAUGUCUGCUUAAAAAUGAACAGUUCUAAGGUGAUUUCAGACGAGAUUGACGGAGCGACGAGACAAGGCCACGAAGAACUUGCCAAAGGAAACAUCGAAGAGGCCUGUAGUUCGUUUGAAAAGGCUGUCCAACUUGCGGAGGAUCUCAAGGAGGGCUUUACUGAAAGAGCGUGCUAUUUCAACUUAGGAGCAUGUUACGUCGCGAGGGGUGAUGCUAAACGAGGUGUCGAAUUUUUGCUCAAAGCUUUUCCUCCAGAAAAGGAAUCAGAUGGCGUUACAAACUAUGCGGAUUUGCAAUACAAUUUAGCAACAGCGUAUGAUGCUCUUGGCGAGGUACAUGAGGCUGUAAAAUACUUUGAAAUCGCCGCAGAGGAAUAUAAGACGCAAGGAAAUGAAGAAAUGCGAGGGGAAACUCUCCUUAAACUGGGCAAUGAUUGUACGAAUCGCGGUGAAAUUAAAAAAGCCGCUGAAUUUUAUCAGCAGGCUGCUGAAAUUUUCCAGGAACUUGGCGAUAAGAAGACUCAGCUACUUAUUUUAAACAAUCUCGCCAGCUUACUGGCGGAGCUUCGCGACAUAGGACGCUGCGGAGCAGUGCUAACUCAAGUUAUUGAAUUGUGCGUUGAAGUUGAUGACGUUCCUCUUAAGGGUAAGUUGUUAUUCCUUUUGUCAGUGAACGAUAUUGUUGUAGUUUUUAUGUAUAUUAUUACAUUUUAAUAACUAUAUGAAGUAGUUAGUACUCAGGCAGACUUAAUUGAUGACAGUUUUUAGCGCAUCAGUCAACAUGGGCUAAUUGUUUGAAAUACCAUUACUUCCCAUGACAACACGACAAGAACCAUGCAUUCUCCUUGCAGAGGCUGCAAAACGUUUUGAAACGUGGGGCAGGGUGGGGAGCUCAUCUUCCAUUCACAUACCCCUACUCAGAUUUUCCAAAUGCCCUUUGCAUUGUUCUUUGGCACAAUCAAACCUCUCUUCAAAGUGUCUAGUGUUUCCGUAAUCGAUUUGUGACUAGGCUGUUGUUCAGGUGGCCCUGCUUCAUGGUGUUUCUCAGGUAGUUCUGGAGUUGUCUGAGGGCAGAAUAGAGACCUUUAGCAUCAGGUUUUUCAUGAGAAACCGCAAAUCGCAGUUCGCAGUUAUGCAUUUGAAGUUUCACGUUGCUGAGAUUUCAGAUUUUAGCAAGGCGUCCAGUUUAGUUCAGUUCAGUUCAUUUUUAUUUAGCCAAAAUAUAAUACAACACAAGAAUACAUAUAGGAAUUGUAAGUUGGCAAGGGAGGCCAGAAGACACCAGAAGGCUUAUGAAGCCUGGGCUCCCUAGUCACGAAGAAAAAAACACCUUGCCAUAAAUCACUUACUGCUAGAAGCCUCUCCUGCAGUUCAAACGUGAACUACAAACUGCAAACAUGACUGCAAGGCAGUGGUCACAUGACAUUCUGCGGUUUGUGGUUUGCGGUUUUCCAUGAAAAACCUGAUGCUAAAGGUCUCUAAUAUGUGCGCUCUACGUCACAGGUAUUGUCAAAUACAAAUUUUUGUUUGGGUUGGGGGGGGCUCGGGACCCCCUGCCCCCCCUGCUCUGUGCCUUAUGCUUUGGAAGAGUUUUAAAAUGAAGCCUUCUCAAAUGGCAUUGUAAAUGCUAUGGUAUAAUAAGUGUGAGAAUUUAUAUAAAGAGAGUGUUUAUAAUUUCUCUUACAAUACUGGUACACAAUUAGAAACUACUGUAACUUUUACCCAGGGGAAGGUCAUCAGCAAUUGAAUGCAACACAUGGAGCACUAUUUACAACUGCGUUUAAUUUUGACUUAUCUAUAAUAUCUUCAUUAGGUCAAUGUUUUUUGCCUACUUUGUAGCAAGCUCAGCUUGGUUCCAAACAUUUUCUGUUUGAUAUGAGAUACUGGCAUAUAUAUGUUGACAUGCAAGCUGCCAAAUCAUAAUCAAACCUUCUUUGGUUGAAUGUCGUACACAUGACUCUAUAGUGUGUAGAGGAGAACUGUAAGUGUAGCAUUUAGCUGAGGUCUUUCGGAGAACUAGAGAAUACACCAAAAGUUAGGAAUUCACCAAAUUUAGCAGAAAUGCAAUGUUUAUAAUACUGUCUUGGACGCUCUUAGUGUGACUACAUUGUCGCCAGUCUGUACCUAAGACUGUGAGUAGCCAUAUACAUUGUACAGUGCUGGCAAUUUUGCCACUAAAUUAACUACAUAAUAUUACACCUUACUUGGAGAUUGUGUAUCGUCCGGUGUCAAGAAAAAUGAGGCAAUUUAAAAACUGAACAAGCAUUGUUGUGGAUGCAACAUAUUGUUUACCUAUUUCUCCACUUGAAGUUGGCUUCUUUGAUGCAAAAAUGAUGAUUUGAAUCUGGCUUUAGAAAAGCGUAUUUCACAUCUAAACAAAUACUGCUUAGUUUAUGCACCAACGAAAUUUCAGGGCAAAAUUUUGAAGUCAGGAUAGUGUAGUCACUUAAUCCACUUGAAAAAGAAACAUGUCAUGCUUGUUAACCCUUUAAGUCCCAAUGGUGACCAACAUCAAUAUUCUCUUAACACUAUCCAUACAUUGUUAAGAGAUUAGGUUAUGAGAAUUAAUAAAAUGAUCACCAAAGAGAAAAUACCUUGAUCUUUUAUCAAAUUCUCUUAACUCAUUCUCUAAGGAAAUGUAUGAAGACCAGUUUGGAGGAUUUGUAUGUGGAUAUAUCAGACUAUAUGAGACUGAUACAUCAUUUAAUAUUCAGACACCAAGCAAGAAGUUGGAAAUGAGGUGCUGCCAAACAUUUUAGCCAGGUGUUUUACUUUUUGCGGAAUUUUAUGGCAGUUAGGAUUUUGACAUCCAUGCUCUUUUGAUUGCCACUGAGUUCCUUGGUUUCUCUUCAUGAAUCAUAAAUGUUUUUAAAAGUCUUAUUUCCAAGUGUUUAAGUUGUUGUGAGCUCUUCUAAUCAACAAGUCCAGUAUCGCGGGGCACCCAACAACGGUUUCCUCUUAAAUACAUUAAAAACUCUUUUAGGCUAUCCAGAAUACUUUCAGAUCUCUAGAAAUGCAUUCUUAGUGGCGCUACAAAAUUUUUUGUCUGUUUGGUCACCCUAGGGUAACUUGAGCCUUUUCGAAUUUACAAGGGUUUUCGUUGUUAUUUUUCCAAAAAGUUUAGAUACAAUUUAAAGUUUUAUGACAGGGUGAAAAUUUUCCUGAUUCCUCUCUUCAUCACCGUUUUUAAUCCAAAAAUUUUAGGUUUCUUUUCCUAUGAACAAUAGCUGAUCAUGGUGAGUGAAAUGUGUAAAAUUCAACUUCAGAAAAUCAUAGGGAACUUAUAAGAUAACCUUCGAAAAUCAUACAUGAAUGGCACAGACAUCUAAAUGUUGUAGCUGUUCCCAAUAAGCUACAGAAAAUUCUAGGCAAUUUUAGCUUGUCGGAUCAGUUAUUUCACAGAAAAAAGUAUGCAGUAUGUCAAGUCUAUUUUCUUUUUUUUUUUUGUUAGGUAAAGUCUACAACGACAUUGGUCUACUGUAUAAUGGAUUAAAAUCUUACAAGAAUGCUGCAGAGUGCUUUGAGCUGGCAAUUCCUCUGAUGCGUACGGAAAAUCCUGACAAGUCACUGGAAGCUGUUCUUCAACAAAAUUUAGGAGCUGUUUAUAACCAGCUUAAGGAAUACAACAAAGCAAUGGAUUGUCAUAGGCAAGCAGUCUCUCUUCAUGGUGAGAAACGUGUCAUAUUUUUUUAACAAGCUCGUCUUGGAGAUUGAACUAAUCCUCACCCUUACUAUCGGCAGAAAAUAAAUAAAUAAAUAGCAAUUGAGCAAUAGCACAUCCACAAAAUGGUUUUUCGUGAACCAUGCAUGAUUAAAUAGGAAUUGUAAGUUAAGUAGAGGGGAAAACCGGAGAAACCCAGAGAAAAACCUCUCUGAGCAAGGGUGAGAACCAUCUACAAACUCAACUCCCCCCUCUAAUACCUAGUGUCUCCCUCCCUUUAGUCCUAAUUUGAUCAUGAAAUAUUAAGCAUUGUUGCGUAAUUUCCUCCUUUAUUAUAUAAACACCAAUGAAAUACCAUGUGAGCUUUUGCACAAAAACUUGAUGUCUUCACUUGUGAAAAUAACAUGUUAUCUUCACCUGUGAAAAUAUCACCAUUGCUAUGCCUUCACACCAAAAAACUAUUAAAGUGAAAUGGCUGGGUAGUUCAUUGGUGUUUGUAUAAUAAAAUUAAUAGAACAUUACAUGGCAGCUUGGAGAUACAAAAUUUCUCUUCUCGUGUUGAAAAAUAUUUCAACACUCGAAGAGAAAUUUCGUAUCUCUGCACGGCCAUAUAAUAUCCUCUAUAUCUCUUCCACUUCCUGCCCUUUAUAACUCCCACUUCCCUAGUUUGAAAUUUCAGCGGUCUCUUCACCCCUCCCAUGGCCACUCUUUGGGGAUGUGGGGCGAACAGAUGGCUGACAUUUUAUUUUAGACUACCACAUCCCUCUCUUUCCUGUCCUGCCUUUAAUACCCCUUCUGUCCCCUAUUUUCCCGGGCUCCCACCCCCUGUCCUCCCACACAACUCACAUGUACAUUCACUGGCACAGUAAUAUUUGACCCCUUUAGUACCUACAUAGUUACUCACAAGUGACUUUCAUACCAGUUGAUGCAUAUGCACGCCUAUCGGCAGAGUGGUCAGUAGAAGGACUAGAGUGUAGUAUAAUCAAGGUUGUCUAGUGUCAACGCGAGAUUUGACUUGGCAUUUUUAUUAAGUGACUUUUAUGCGUUCAAUUCUUUAGGUGAGUUAUCCAACAGGUCAGCCCAGGGACAAGCUUUCUGUAACAUGGGAUUCGCUCAGAGCCAACUCGGAGAUCAUAACAAAGCUGGAGAAAGCUUCAGUCAUGCAAUCCAAGCAGCUAAGGAUUCGGCUGAUAAGAGCGGCUUGUGGCAAGCUUACGAGGGUUUGGCCGCCGUCAGCUUUCUUAAACAGGACUAUGACAAGGCUGUGGAGAACUAUAAGUCAGCUCUGUCUGUUCUUUCAACUUCUGGGGACGCUGAUCCUGACCACAAUAACAGGAUUGUCAGUAAACUUGCUAAUGCCUUGGAAUGCCAGUUGGUUCUCGCCAAGAGGUUAAAUGGAAGGCUACCUCCUUUAAGACUUGACAGCUUGAAGGGUGAUCGCUCGGCAGACAAGAGUGAACGCAAGAGCAAACGGGUGGGAAAAACCCGCUCCAGACAGGAGCACCACCAGCUGAUAGCUCGUGGGAUUGACGGAGAUCAGACUCCUUCAGAGUCGGAGGAUUCUUUUGAUUGGUCUUCAGAGGAAUCUAGUGAUGAUCAAGAAGAAAGUCAGCAUGAGGAACCUGACAAGGGAAAAAGGCGCGGUCCGCAGGGAGUGAUAACCACAGAAGCAGAGGUUCAUCACGAGAGAGCUUUAAUUUCUAGGUCACAGAAGAAGUCUUCGACGGAUUCGAGUGUAGAAGAAGCGCCUGUGAGGGAGGAGGGCAGCGCAAGGAGAAGUAAAAGACAUCGUCAUUCAAGAAAACCCCAAAAUACAUCGCCCAGAGAACAACUAAAAUCCACGCAGGAAGAGUACAUCUAUGAAGAGCCACCGAAUGACGUUGAUAACUCAAGAGUAUCCGGUAGAGAUUUUUCUCCAGCAAAGAGCGACUACUCUGAUGACAUGCCGCGUGCCCACAGAGAAGCUUAUCUGGCGUCAGUACAGGCUGCUAAAGGAACCAGGUCAUCACCCAACGGUACUGAAGUGAAAAAAGACAAAGAAAGCGUGCAGUCCAGAACUUGUGUUAUUCAGUAGUAGAAUUAUGGAGACUACUACAACUACUACAUAUGCGAGUGAAAUCAUAUUUUUUAAAGAAUGAUAGCAACAGAACGUAAUAUUUUUGUAAAGUCCGUUUUUGCAUUUAUACUUCGUUAUUGAGAAGGGGUGCUUAAUAUCUUUUUUUUCAGACUUUGUUUAGGUUCGCGAUGUGAACAUGUUUUGGAACGUUAAGGUGACAGCAAUAUUGUAUGGUGUUCGUUUAGUAAUUCGCAGGGGUGUACCUAUCGCGUUAAUUAACAAUGCAAAAACCGUCAACAAACUUUACCUUUGAAUUUCUUGGUUAAUGGUUGAUCGUUUAAGAAGCUGUAAGGGAGACUUGAAAUCGAGUUUAGAAUGAUAUCUAAAAACGUUGACACAUAAACGUUAGUCUAAAAAAAGUAUUCUGCUUCUAGUCCAUCCUUAUUUUCUUUUCUAUGGGAUGAAAAUAUUGCGUCUCUUGUUUGAUACUGAUUUCUUGAAGGUAUUUUUAAUGUUACUGUAAAGCAAAGAAGUUGUCCUUUCUUGUAUUCAAGUAAACCGGUUCUGAUGUACUCUUAAUAAUACAGUGCUAUUUGUCUUUUGCAUUUUACACGAUCAGAUUUAGCC